AUGCUGCGGUUUUUUAUUCUUUGUUCAACACUUCCUUUCGUUUAUUGCCGAAUCUUAACAGAUUGUCGAAACGAAACACUUAUUAAUGUGAGUUUUUAAAAAUUUGCUAAUCAUGAUAAAUAAUAAAUAUUUUUUCAGAGCAACAAUGAAAUAUUGGAAGAAUCGACAAGUAUAAAACUUCUUGAAACGUACAAUGGUCUUUAUGAAGCUUGUAAAAAAUAUCAGGUGUUAAAAAAAACUUAUUUGGACAUGUGAAAAAUACUCUUUUAUUUACAGAAUCUUCUAAUCAAUUCGAAAUGUGAUGCGAUCGACAAAAUUUUGAUAGACAAAAAAUGCACACUAGCGAAAUUGAUGACUAGUGGAUUUGACACGAAUUGCUACAAGAAACUCAAAAUUGCAGAUUCAAAAUGUUUCAAUGAUUAUUUAUAUCGAAACAAGAGACCGUUCAUAAUUAUGCCACCGAAAAGUUCUGAAUAUUUGACUGAUUAUUGCUCCAAUCUUCUAGGCGAAAAUAAUUGUUUGAAACCUUUGAUUUUGGAAUUAUGUGGCUCAGAAAAUUGGAUCGAUUUAGAGAAGAAUUUUCUGAAAUAUGAUAAUUAUUGUGGUGAAUAA